CCAGGCCCAAUACGUCAUCUGUCCUAAUCACGUCAAAUUUGAGAAAAACCGCGCUGCCGUCUCUGACUCUCCUUCUCCUUCUCCUUGCCAAAAACAUGGAGUAUACAAAUAAAUAAAUGUAGAAAGGUACCCCAUAUUUAUUGAAAUAUUAAAGUGGAUUUACAAAUCUACUCUACUUAUUAGUCAAUGAUGUUUUAUUUUCAUUUACUUUUCUCCAUUAUUCCUAAAAAAAAAUCUGAAAACAGGAGAGACAAAAAAAGAAAAGAGCAUUUGAAGUAGUAAUACUGUAAACUGCAAAGAUAGAGAAGAUGGUAGCAGAAACAGAAAACGUGGUGGUUUCAGUUGAUACAGGCCAUGCCCGGCUGAAUGAACUGGGUUACAAGCAAGAGUUGAAGCGUGAUCUCUCAGUGAUAUCAAACUUUGCGUUUUCGUUUUCAAUAAUAUCAGUGUUAACAGGAGUAACAACACUAUACAACAAUGGAUUACAGUUUGGAGGACCAACAGUGAUGAUAUAUGGUUGGUUUAUUGCUGGGUUUUUUACAAUGUUUGUUGGUUUAUCAAUGGCUGAGAUUUGUUCAUCUUAUCCAACUUCUGGUGGACUUUAUUAUUGGAGUGCUAAACUUGCUGGUCCUUCUUGGGCUCCCUUUGCCUCGUGGCUCACUGGAUGGUUCAACAUUGUUGGUCAGUGGGCUGUCACUACUAGUGUGGAUUUCUCUCUGGCACAACUGAUUCAAGUGAUCAUUCUACUUAGCACAGGUGGAAAAAAUGGUGGUGGUUAUGAGGCAUCCAAAUACGUCGUUAUUGGUUUCCACGGUGCAAUUUUACUUAUGCACGCUGCCUUGAACAGUCUACCUAUCUCAUGGUUGUCCUUCUUUGGACAGCUUGCUGCGGCAUGGAAUGUUGCAGGAGUGGUUAUCCUUAUGAUUGCCAUCCCCCUGGCUGCCAAGGAAAAGGCCAGUGCUGAGUUUGUUUUCACACACUUCAACACUGAUAAUGGUGAUGGUAUCAACAGUAGGGUUUACAUCUUCGUUAUCGGACUUCUCAUGAGCCAAUACACGCUCACUGGUUAUGAUGCAUCUGCUCACAUGACUGAGGAAACUAAGGAUGCAGAUAAGAAUGGACCUAGAGGAAUUAUUAGCGCCAUUGGUAUAUCAAUAAUCUUUGGUUGGGUUUACAUCCUUGGAAUCACCUUUGCUGUCACCGAUAUUCCUUACCUUUUAAGUAGCGAAAAUGAUGCUGGUGGUUAUGCCAUAGCUCAAGUAUUUUACCAAGCAUUUAAGAGUCGAUAUGGAAAUGGAAUUGGAGGAAUUAUUUGCUUGUGCAUUGUUGCUGUAGCCAUAUUUUUCUGUGGCAUGAGUUCAGUUACUAGCAAUUCCAGGAUGGCUUAUGCGUUCUCUAGAGAUGGUGCUAUGCCCUUUUCAUCAAUGUGGCAUAAAGUGAACAAGCAGGAGGUUCCUAUCAAUGCAGUGUGGAUGUCUGCUUUCAUCUCCUUCUUCAUGGCAUUAACGUCUCUUGGAAGCUUGGUGGCAUUUGAAGCGAUGGUAUCAAUAGCGACUAUUGGAUUGUACAUAGCUUAUGCGUUACCCAUCUUGUUCAGAGUCACCUUGGCUCGCAAUUCUUUUAUCCCAGGGCCUUUCAAUUUAGGGAGAUAUGGGAUACUUGUUGGUUGGAUCGCUGUUUUAUGGGUAAUCACCAUUUCUAUCAUGUUCUCUUUGCCUGUUGCCUAUCCCAUUAGCACAGAGACACUCAAUUAUACACCUGUGGCUGUGGGUGGUUUGUUGAUCCUCACGGUUUCCGCUUGGAUUUUAAGAGCAAGACACUGGUUCAAAGGUCCUGUUACAAACAUACAUAAUUGAAUUCUCAUCAUAUUUUACUCUUUUUUUGGUACUUGAUAGUAUCACUUUAUGUCCAAGUAUCUAGCAUUUUCAUUUAUAAGCUCGAGUUUACCUCAUUUACAAUUUCUCUCCUUUUUUUUAGCCACUAUAUCAUUACUAAGUUGUAAAUACUCCUAAACUUGAAAGUCUACAAUUACACUGAAUCUUUUUUGGUUGCUUUUAUUA